UUUUCACAUUAGUUUGCCCACCUCUUGGCAACUAAGUCGUCCUCGCUGCAGUUACAGAGUUACACCCCAAACGUCUAAUAUCUCAUAGUGCUGCACGUUGUGCUGGAAAGAACAUAGUAACAUCAUCUCCGAUCUCUUUUCUACAUAAACGAAGGUUAUUCACACCGACUAGAACGAGGAAGAUAAGGACGAGACAUGAAACCGGUGAUAGCAGCUGAACGAUAACGACUAUGCAUCAAAGUCCAUCCAAAUGCUGUGAUGCCGAAGGAGAUUAACUAGCUCAUGAAAAUGCAAAAAGUGUACGUGUCCUUCGAUCCUUGUUGGCGUGGCCUUUCAAUUACUGACGUUAUUCUAUAUCCGAUGCUGCCACUGGUUAUCUAUAUUUGUCAGGCAUAGAGAUAUCAUAUUUCUGACCUGGCCGAUAAUAUUAAGAAAUCAUUCAACUGGACCCUGUAUAGAUUCAAUGAUACUGGAAUUUAUCGAUAAACGAGCUUGCCACCAAACCCUUUACGUUUCACGUGUGAUCAAGUCAUUUUCAAAACUGAUAAUCCAUUUUUUUUUGAAAAGUAGGUGCAACUGGUGCUUACUUGUUUUAGUGGGUGAAAAAAAGAAGAUAGCAAUAAUGCAACAUGUUACCAGUGGAUGGAAUCCGGGGAUGACAUCUCGAAAAUACAAUGAAGGUCUGUCAUUUGACCUCACCUUCCGUGAUCUCAGUUACGCUGCAGGGAAAGGCAAAGAAGUUAAACACAUUUUGCAUGGUGUAAGCGGUUCCUUCAAGUCUGGGCAGUUGACUGCCAUUCUUGGACCAUCGGGAGCGGGAAAAACUUCACUUAUGAACAUUUUAUCCGGCUUCAAAAAAAGUGGAAUGACUGGGCAAGUCGAUGUAAAUGGAGCUAAACGCAAAUUCAAACAAUUCCGCAAACAGUCGGCGUAUGUCACGCAACACGAUCAUUUAUUGCUCAACUUAACGAUUGACGAAUACAUGACGGCCGCAGCUCAUUUGAAAUUAGGCAAUACCGUCACCGACAAAGAAAAACGAUCGACGAUUGAAUCAAUUCAGAAAACAUUAGGAUUAACCAAUAGCAAGCAAACAAAGGUUUCCUGCUUGUCUGGUGGUGAAUGCAAACGACUUUCCAUCGGACUAGAAUUAAUCGAUAAUCCGGCUAUCUUGUUUUUGGAUGAGCCAACUAGUGGCUUGGACAGUUCGUCGAGUAUGCUAUGCAUCGCCUUACUGCAGGAUAUCGCUAGAAGCGGCCGUACGGUGGUGACUACUAUUCAUCAACCAAGCACACGGUUAUUGGACCAAUUUGAUCACCUAUACAUCGUAGCUGGUGGACGUUGUAUGUACCAAGGACCUGUCGAUUCUUUGAUCCCCUAUCUCCAGACAAUGAAUUUGUACUGUCCAAACUACCACAAUCCUGCAGACUUUGCCAUCGAUGUCGCGUCUGGAGAAUAUGGCAAUGUCCUACCUAAACUGAUCGAUGGUAUUGAAAACGGCCGCCGUAUAUACCAGGAAAAUUCUGUAACGUCACCUGCAUCACCUUCACUUAGCCAUGAUACUGGAUUUUACGAAGACGAUGAAAUGGAUCUUAUGUUAGACGUGUGUUCGACGAAAAAAAAAGGAAAGAAGAAAAAUAAAGAUGAACAUCACUACGGUUCGCCUUUUUAUAGUCAGGUUGCUGUUCUUCUUGGUCGAACUUGGCGCACCAUUUGGAGAGAAAAGAUUUUGACGACAAUGCGCCUUAUUCUGCACGUUUGUAUUUCGAUCCUAGUGGGAUUAUUGUAUUGGCAAAUCGGGGACGAUGCCAAUGCUAUUCACAAUAAUGCUGGCAUGCUUUUUUUCAGUCUAAUAUUUAUCCUGUACGCUGCCAUGAUGCCGACUUUUCUAACAUUUACCUUAGAGAGGGAGGUACUGAUUCGAGAGCAUUUAAAUCAGUGGUACAGCCUGAAAGCAUACUUUUUGGCCAAGACACUGGCUGACAUUCCAUUUCAAUUAGUAUUUCCUACUAUUUAUAUGGUACCCCUUUAUUUCAUGAGUAACCAACCAAUGUGCGCAAAUCGUUUCUUUAUGCUAUUGACUAUCAUGAUUUGCAUGGCUCUUGUGGGACAAGGUAUUGGUCUGUUUUUCGGCGCUGCAUUCGACGUCCCAAUGGCUUCUUAUUUCGCGCCCAUCAGUUGCAUCCCAUUCUUACUGGUUUCGGGUUUCAUGAUCCAAGUUAACGCUAUUCCGCCUUACCUACGUUGGAUAGCACACAUAAAUUUCCUUCAUUACAGUUUCGAAGGUUCCAUGUUGUCCAUCUAUGGUGGCGAUCAUCCACCUCUUUCCUGUUUCGAAGAUUACUGCCAUUUUCGAUACCCAAUCAAGUUCUUAGAACAAUUCAAUUUGACUCACAGCUCUUAUUACUUGUCGGUAAUUGGUAUGGUAGUUAGUUUCAUUGUGAUAAGGGUGGCUGGCUAUUUUGCUUUGCGAUUCAAACUCAGGCAUGUACGCUGAACUGAUUCUAUUUUACGCUCUUGUUAUAUGAUACUUAACAAUAAAAUUAAGCUAUUCAUCA